AUGAAGGUGGCGUGUCUCCAGUUCGCGCCCGAGGUCGGUCAAGUCCAAGAAAACAUCCAGCGCGCCGACGACAUAUUAUCAAGGACACGAAUACCAGAUGAUCUAGACUGGCUAGUCCUCCCUGAAAUGGCCUUUUCGGGAUACAACUUCCACACCCUCGAUGAGAUCAAACCGUACCUAGAGCCCACCGCAUCCGGCGUAUCAACCAAAUGGGCGCAGCAAGUAGCCAAACACUACAACUGCCAUGUCACAAUCGGCUACCCGGAGAUUACAGACCCCUCUACCAAUCCCACGGACACGCAGACCCAAUACAACAGCACCGUAACCGUUUCUCCUCAAGGAGAAGUCUUGCACAACUACCGAAAAUCUUUCCUCUACUACACAGACGAGACGUGGGCGUCUGAAGGCCCGGGCUCCCGCUCUCACAAGCUUGCAAACAACGCGUCCCCCGAUAACCCUUUUUUCACCGGCCAACUAGGUGCUCUCGGUAAAGUCACAUUGGGCAUAUGUAUGGAUAUCAACCCUUACAAAUUCGUUUCGCCCUGGUCGGAUUAUGAGUUCUGCUCCUUGGCCUUGUCGUCUCAGUCGUCUUUGAUCUGCAUAUCGAUGGCGUGGCUUUGUCAUCUCACUCCCACGGAACUUGCGAAAGACCCUUCACAGCCGGAUGUAGCCACUGUGGCAUAUUGGGUUGAGCGCUUUCAACCAUUGGUCGAAGCAAAAAGCGAUAGGCCGUUUUAUGUUGUCCUUGCGAACCGGUGUGGAAUGGAAAAGGGUCUGUGCUACGCUGGAAGCAGUACGGUGAUCCGCAUCGAAAAGGGUGUCGUUAGCUUAUACGAGACGGCGGGAAAGAGCGAGGAAACUUGUCUUGUCGUGGACUUGGAUGAGCGACCCAAGUUCCAAGUGAGGAGUGGAAGAUAG